CGCAGCGAUUGACCCAAAUUUGCAUAUUUAGCUGAUUAUUAUUCUUUUUCGUAAGCUUCAAAUGGUAAAUAAAUAGAUCAUAAUAGAAAACGUAAAUAUUACUAAUGCUAUAAUUAUUAAAAAGCUGCGAGCUGCUUGCCGUUCUAUAAUAAUUCAUUGACAGGUAUUUAUGUAAUUCAUACAAAUUUGUUUUUGUUUUCGAUAGUCACAUUAUUGUGACGACUGGCCGUCAUUUUAUUGAUUGAAGCUACCUUGUAAUUGUGACCCGCGUGCCUUCCGAUGGCACCGGUACCACUAGAGGGUCAUCAGACCCCUGUGGGAAACAAUGUACCCCAGGAGGGAAACAGAGGUGGUUCAAUAUCUUUGGCAGUGCUCAUAGACUUCAUCGUCCAAAGAACUUACCAUGAAUUGACUGUUCUAGCAGAGCUGUUACCUCGAAAAACCGAUAUGGAGAGGAAAAUUGAAAUUUACAAUUUCUCAGCAAGGACACGCCAAUUAUUCGUCAGGCUUCUCGCCUUGGUGAAAUGGGCAAAUAGUGCUUCCAAAGUUGAUAAAUCGGCCCAAAUUAUGGCUUUCUUGGAUAAGCAGUCGCUGUUGUUUGUCGACACAGCAGAUUUGCUGGCCAGAAUCGCAAGAGAGACGUUGGUCCACGCCCGUCUACCUAAUUUCCAUAUUCCAGCCGCUGUUGAAGUACUUACAACUGGCACCUAUGGAAGACUUCCCUCAUGCAUUCGGGAUCGAAUUGUACCAGCAGAUCCGAUUACAUCAAGUGAAAGAAAAUCAACAUUGAAUAGAUUGAAUCAAGUGAUUCAACAUCGUCUUGUCACUGGUAAUCUUCUCCCUCAAAUGAGAAAUCUCAAGAUCGAGGCAGGCAGAGUAACGUUCCAUGUGGAGCAUGAAUUCGAAGUGUCUCUUACUGUUAUGGGAGAUGGGCCGAACAUACCUUGGAGACUCCUUGAUAUAGAUAUCCUGGUUGAAGAUAAGGAAACAGGAGAUGGAAAGGCUCUUGUUCAUUCUCUUCAAGUGCAGUACAUUCAUCAAGUUGUUCAAGCACGACUGGUUGAUAAUCCAAAUCCUCUUACUGAAGUUUAUACAUGUCUCCAUUUCUUUUGUCAAUCUUUACAAUUGGAGGUAUUAUACUCUCAAACACUGCGACUAUGUAGAGACAGAUUGGAUGGUCACAUUCAUGUGGAGGAGUAUGUUCCUGGCAAAUGCCUUUCCAUUGCUUAUUGGAGGGAACUGACUUCGAAAGACCCACGAUCGGAGCUAGGAUACCGACUAACAGUAUUGGUCGAUACUCACGACUCGGCUCGGCCAUUGUCCGUGCAGCAUGUACCUGCGCUUGGAAAUAAGGUUACGUUCUAAACUUUUUAUUUCAUUUUUGAAAACAAUUUUCCAAUUGACUAUGAUGUAUACGAUAGUUCUUUUUCUGCAUCAUAUUUCUCAAUCAACUCUAUUGAAAC